AUGUACACCUUGGAUACGAGAAUGUACGAUAUGAAAAGUAAAACUGAGACAAUGGAACCGGAAAUAACUGCUGGUCCCAUCGGGCAUUUGCGGCAGUGCCGACCAUUACACACUUUACCUCGCUUACAUGAUUUUGUACCUCCAACCUGUCCAGCUCAAUUUCAUCAUCGACUCGUUGUUGCAUCAAAGUAUAACAUAGCGGUGGCCUUAGCAAAUAAUCAUGAGCUUGUUGCCUUCCGCAACUCUGCGCUACAUCAGCCACCAAGUGGAAUCAUUGGCGAUGCAAAAAUUCAGACAAAAAUUACAUGUUUAGAUUCAAAGGUAGAAAUUGUAAGCAUAGGAUUGAAUGCUGAUGAAACUUUCCUUGGAGUGCUCGGUAGCAACCCUCAAGGCUGCUUCGUUUUCAUAUUUGACAUUUUAACAUUGUCUGCUGACGUUCCUGGGGAGGCUUUUCCUAUAUCAACUAUUCGAGUUGGAAAUUCGGUCUCUAAAGGACUCGCGUUCGAAUGGAACCCAGCAAUAUCGGAUAUGUUCGCUGCUUCAGACAACGAGAGAACGUUGAGUGUAGUCAGGAUCGAUCCACAGAAUUCUUCAAAGUACAGUAUGAUUGGCGAGAAAAAAUUAGAGGCAAAUAUUAGUGAGAUCUCAUGGAGUCCGAAAGGAAAGCAGCUGGUCGUUGGUGAUGUGCGCGGCAAGAUCUACCAGUUAAAGCCGGAGCUCGAACUCGUUCGUACUACAAAUGCGCCUGAAAAUGCUGGAAAUGUAUUGGUGAUAAAUCUGAGCUGGCUGUCUACUACGGAUUGGCUGGUAGCGUAUUCUAACCCGGAAAUGACAAGCAUUGCAGCUUUCAUGUUGAGCAUCAAAAAGGACAAGCCACCGUCAUGGACUCCAGUCAACUUCUCAUCUCUGUCCUCGUUGGGGGUAACAAGAAGACUUCUAGUGGACUGGAACGUUGCUCUGGUCGUUUCACCUAGCUCAGCUGAUCUAGUAGCGAUAUCGAAACCUGCAAAUGCCUGGACCACCACUGGUAUAGCAUCUUUACCUCAACCAUCUAACACAAAAUUUGCUAUUGGGGUUGCCGUGGAUCUUUCAAAUCAGGCUAUGGUUACUAUAGGAGACGGCUCCUCACGACGCCUUCCUGUUGUUAUGUUAUUGUACAGUGACGGUUCAGUGCUCUCUCUUCAACUUGCACCACCUUCGAAGGACUAUCCUGAUUGUAAUGUAGCACCAGUUGCUGUCGACGCGAGCAAGAUUACUAAUGGACUCCGUCCAACGACUGUGAUUGCCGCAACUCCUAGCGUAAUAACGCAAGCACCGUCGUCGCUAGCUUCUACACCACAACCCACGCCCUUCUUAAGCGCAUUCGCUACGAAAACUAAUGAACCGUCAUCUCAACCGUCUGCUACUUCUUCUAUUACAAAUUCAUCAUUCGGAGUGUUUGGCGGAGCACAAUCACAACAAUCGGUUGCUAGUGCACCGGCUGCUGCAGCGCCAAGUUUUUCAUCUAUUGCUGGGGCACCUCCGACUGCACCGGUUUCUGCCCAGAAGCAGGGUACAGGCACUUUGUUCAGUGGUUUUCAAGGUUUAGGAACACAACUGAAUGCUACUACAACGCAGCCGGCAACCACUCCGCCAACAGGUUUGGCAGGUGUCGGAAAAGCUGCUGCUGGAGUUGCUGCUCACACUCCAGAAAUGAAACCUGUGAUUUCAUUCAAUGCAUCACUGGAUCAAAAAGGUCCCUCUACCACGCCAAUUAAACAGGUUGCUGAUGCUGCUGAGGCCACGAAAAAUGCUAUAGCUGCAGCACGAUCAUCGGCUAGAACGGCCAUAGAAACUUUCAGUAAUGAUUGGCAUAACUUUCAUGAGCUGUUACAUUCGUUUUGCAUUAAUAUGCAAAAAGUCGAAAGUAAUGUUGAUGAAGCAGUGAGCGCUUUGACUCAUGCGGAUAAUGCAGAAACAGUUGAGGAGAUUCAGCGAAUGGUUAUACAGUUGGAUGAUGAGCUCCAAGAUAUGUUAGCCAUGUUGGCAGAUAGAAAGGUUACUGUCGAUGAAAGGAUGGCGUUAGCAAAAGAAUGCAAAGAUUCGCAGUUGAUUUUCGGGCCUUCGGUAGAUCCGUUUGAGAGGCUUCAGUCUGAACGAGUUCUACAAAAAUAUGAGGACUUCACUCUGAAACUUCAUGAAGCCAAAAAACUAUUGGCGGAUACGAAGAAGAUUUCAACAGUUUGUAAACCUCGACGUGUGACUCAGUUCGAUCCAAAAUUUGAAGGGCGUAUAUACGAAAGCAUGAAAAACUUGUCACGUUAUUCAUCAGCUAUACGAUUACGAGUCGAAGAACUGGAAAGGAAGGUCUUGUAUUUGACAUUACGAGCAGGGUUGGACUCCACAAGAGAUCACUCCGUGACUAACCUACACACGAGCGCAGCUACGUUAGCUGAUGCUCCAUCGGCGGUAUUCUCAUACGUGUAUCCGAGGCCAGUAAAACUGGAUCGUGGUGCAUCGAAAGCCGAAAUGAGAGCAAGAUUACUGGAAGUUUUGAGAUCAAAGAAAGACGUUAAAGCAACUAUCAAAAAGUUUGAAGCUCUUCGAUUUGACAGCGCACCUAGCGAUGACACCUUGAGUUCAUCGUUCCUCAAUGUCAGCAAUAUUGAAAGUAGUUUAACACAAAAGAUAGCGUCACCUCCAAGCAUCAAACCUGUCUUAGCAACCCGAAAUGCAAGCACCCAAGCAGACGCACCACCCCAAGCUCAACCGAAAGUCCCUGCUGCGACGAAUUUACCUCUCUCUUCUUUAUCAACAAAAUCUGAAACUGUCGCAGUAGCAGGUGCUGGCACUGCUACUCUAGUGGAUAAUAAGAAAACAACCAGCACUAAUAUUGCUCCUAUUGCAACAUCCACUCCAGCGACAUUCAAAUUCACCACGGGUCAAAGCAAACCUGGAGGUUCCUUAUUCUCGUCUGCUUUCUCUGAAAAACAACCAUCCGCUACUGCCACAGAAGAUAAACGCAGCCAAGAUGCAUCCCUAGCAAAACCUAAUGUCAGCCCAAUCACCUCAAAGCCGCUUUUCGGUGGUUCAUCUGCUGCUACCGCCCCGACCGCUGCGUCGCUAGCAUCGAAGCCUUUGUUUGGUACGACGGGAACAUCUGACAGCGAGAAGAAAGAUGAGAACCCUCUCCCAGUUCCCGAAAACAAAGCAUCCGUAAGUGAGGAAAAGAAGGAAGACAAGCAGGCACCUGUUUCUGGCACUGCAGCUGUCUCUGCUUCGGACAAGAAGGAUGAGAAGCCGUCGUCUCUGUUUGGUGGCACAGGAACACUAAAUGUCGAAAAGAAGGAAGAAAAAGUAACAUCGAUUUUUGGAGGAACCACCGUAAAUGCUACUUCAGAAAAGAAGGAUGAAAAGCCAACGUCGUUGUUUGGAAGUUUGGGUUCGAAUGUUGAAAAGAAAGACGAGAAGCCGUCUACUUUGUUUGGAAAAACUGCUACAUCUCUGAAUCAGGAACAAAAAGAAGCAAAGCCAUCAUCAAUCUUUGGAGGAGGCUCGGUUGCUCCAGCCGUUGACAAAAAAGAUGACAAACCACCCUCAAUAUUCGGAGGCUUAGCACAAACCGCGCCGAAGUCAAUUUUUGGAAAGGAUGUGUCUGUGAAAACCUCUGAGUCCGAGCAAUCAGCGGAACCUCCAGAAUCUGCAGCCUCGCAAGACGCAACCAAACCCAGUGUGUUUGGGUCACCCAAAGUCUUUGGCCAAGCCGAGACGAAAACUGAACAAGGGCCGGCUCAAACCAGCGCUUUUGGUAGCAUUUUCGGGUCGAAGCCGGCUGGAACAGCCACAGCUGUGACGACAUCAAGUCCACCCGCUUCUGUGACGUUUUCUUUCAAACCGAAGACUGCGGCAGAGAGCCAGCCAGCUGCCGCAAGUACUGCGUUCAGUUUUGGUUCUAAGCCCACGACUACCUCAUUAGGUUUUGCUGCUGCAGCUGCUUCAGCGGCCGCGACAGCCGACACAGAUGAGGGCAUGGAUGACGACGGUGCUGCUGGUGGUACAUCUCAGGCAACUAGUAGCAUUUUUGGAGGAGGUUUUAUGAGCUCGAGCGCAAACGCAGCUAAGAAUGUGUUUGGCAUGGGAACUAGUAACUUGCUGAAGAACGCAGCAGCAAAGCAGGAGACAAGCUCAAUCUUCUCCAAAGGAGGGCAGACAUCAGUCUUCGGCUCAGGCUCUCAGCCAUCGACAUUCGCCUCAGCGGCACAAAAAGCUGCUCAGUCAUCUUCUCCUAUAACGUCAUCGGUUUUUGGAUCAACUCCGAAAUUUGGUGGUCCACCGGUGUUUGGAGGAAAACCAGUGUUUGGGUCACCUACUCAAGCUUCAACCGCUUUUGGAGGAGGAUCCGCUACUAGUGGGGGAUUUUCAGCGUUUUCUGGCAACAAAAAUCUAUUUGGCGGAGUGGCUUCUAGUGGUGGUAGCUCGCUUUUUGGAGGCGGAUUGUCGAGUCAAACCCAACAAAAGCCGAGCUCAUUGUUUGGAGGAGGGCAACACGCCAGCUCGUUCAGCACUUGGCGUUAA